AUGGGUGCUACUUGUGCUAAAUGUUGCCUGUGUUAUUGCUUUAAAAUGUGUGAAUUCGGAGAAGGAUGUCGCUGCUGCGCAUGCUGUUUAAGAAACUGUGAGCCUUUCUGUCACUGCGGGGACUGUUGUGACGUGGAUGAAGAUGACCUACCAUUCCCAGAGGAGCAGAACGAAAUAACGAGAGAAGGAGAAGACAUGAUUGUUUAUUCAAACGGCGAUAAGUAUGUUGGGGAGAUACGUAACAGCAAGAAGCACGGAUAUGGGGAGCUAACAAGGAAAGAUGGCACUAGGUAAGCAAGGCUUGAAGGAAUUGUUUAGAUAUAUAUCUAAGACAGAGUGAUUGGUAUACCCUUAGAAACAGAAAUUCGUUCCAUGUCACCUCAGAAGAUUGCAAACGUUUUGUCACGGAAAUGUGUUGAGUUAACUUAUUCGGAAACCUUGAGUUAAACUAGAUAAGAAUAGUAACAUAAGACAUUUCGACAACGGCAUGUAAGAUGACAUGAUUUGUUUCAUCCUUAAAUGUUUGCCUAGUCUUUAGUUAUUAGAUUUCAUCAAGAGAGAAUGUCUCUCGUUUAUCCCAGCCAGUGAUCUCGUUAUUAGGGUCGUCACGCAACGCUCCUCCCGACAAGGAAGGCCUCAGAUAACAACGACCUAAACUAGGGUUGGCUGACCAGCGGUUUCGUGAAAACAAGGGUUUGUUAGGGGUGCUCAGUCUCGCAGGCUCAUAAAACCUGGUCACGGCUGUUCUUAUUUAACGAUUUUGUCCCCACUAUUUAUUGGGGAGGAGCGUUGCGUGACGACCCUUAUAACGGCUGCGAAGGAGGCUACAUCCAGACCGGAGGCAGAGUUCAAAAAUGCUUCGACGUUUAUGCUUACAGCUUUCAGCAAUCUUUAAACAGCACCCUCCACAAUUCAAACCUUUUUUCUUCUCGGGGAAAAAUUUUUAUUAUCACAGAUCAGUUAAUUUUUUUGUUGGCCCCAAAAUUUUGACUCAAAUUGAUCAUGAAUGCCCGAAACAAAGUAACACUUUUUGUGACACUUACAUGAGCCAGUUUGUGCUUUCUGAAAUGACAGAUUAAAGGGAUAUUUCGUCGAGGACCAGUUCUGUGAAAAGCCUAUUGAUGCUCAGCCUGGUAAACCUGUGGUUGAGAAAGCUUCUGACAGUGGUUGA